AUGCAUAGGGUACGGCCUGAAUACUGGGACAACCCACCUAUCACUCCCACCAGUAAUGCUUUCGCUGCCUUGGAGGAAUUGCACAUUUGCAACUUGCCUGACAUAACAGAGAUUUGGGGGAAGCAAUUACUCCCAGUUCCAAAAACACAAUCAUGGUCCUUCGAACAAUUGGCUGUCGUGAAUGCCACUUGGUGUGAAAAACUGGUGAAUGUGAUUCCUUCGAGUAUGUUUCCAAGGUUAAAAAAUCUAAAAUCAAUUUAUGUAAAAGGUUGUCCAGAGAUGGAAGUGAUAGUCUCGAAGAAAGCAAAUGCAAUGGUCAAUGGCGAUAUCAUUUCUUUUCCUGAACUAAGUUCUCUGUCAAUUGACAAAUUGUAUAACCUCAAAAGUUUCUGCAGCAGCUCUACAAGUUCGGAAGCACAACCAUUGUUUAAUGAUCAGGUUGUAUUCCCUGUUUUGGAGGAUUUGUUCAUAAACAGAGUACGAAACAUAACAAAUAUAUGGGAUAAAUUGCACUCAAGAGAGUCGUUUUGUUCUUUGAGGCGCAUGAUGAUCGAGGAUUGUGAAAAAUUGGUGAAUAUUGUUCCGUCUUAUAUGCUUCCACAGAUGCGAAAUCUUGAAGUACUCUAUGCUUAUAGCUGUCUAAAGAUGUUAGCGAUAGUCUCAGAGGAAGAGGGAAAAGAAAAAGAUGUUGAUGAAAAUACCAUUUUGUUCCCUGAACUAACUACUUUGAAUCUUAAAGGCUUGGACAACCUCAAAACUUUCUACACACAGCCCUUCCUUAACCACCAGGUUGCACUCUCAAAGUUGAAAAAUCUCUGUCUCGAUCAAUAUUUACAGCAACGACUUUUGAAAGGAAAGGAAUGUGCAAUUAUGAAUGAAAAUGAUGAUAAGGAAAUUGAGCAGGACAAACAACGACUUCUGAGAGGAAAGGAAUGUGAAAUUAUGAAUGAAAACGAUGAUAAGGAAACUGAGCAGGACAAGAGACGACGUUUAAAAGGAAAGGAAUUCCGCAAUUAUGAAUGAAAAUGAUGAUGAUAAAGAAACUGAGAAGGGCAAACAAAUAUUUCUCCAACUUUUGACUACAUCUAUGACUGAUGGUAAAAUGGCAUGCGGCAAACAGUAAUUUUGCAUUGAAAUUUUGGCAAGCACAAAUUUGCUGGGGAGUGUAGAACGCUGGACUACCUUGUGCACAAAUUUGCUGGUUUCUCUAUUUGGCCAAUAAGAAAGGUGAAUGUUUUCUAAUAUUUGUCAUUUGUAUAUAUUUUUAGCCACAAUGGUUUAGUUUUAUAGCUUCAAUUGUGAGUUUGAUUUCACAUUCCAUUGUUUAUGAACAACUUCUUGAGUGUGCAUGCAACUUGAAAAACUAUUUAGCUACCUACAACUGUAAUAAUAUUUAUGUGAUUGUGUACCCUAUUUGGCAUAACCUAUAUAAGUGCACUUAUUUAAAUAAGUGCACUUAUUUGAAUCACAUCACAUUUUUACUUUUCUACACAUCUUUUUAUAAAAAGUCAAAAAGUAUACUUAUUUAGAUUAUU